AUGCACACGACGGCUGAGCUCAUGUCUUUUGGUAGGCCAGGGUCAGCUAGCCCUCUUCGUUCUGAAGGUUGGCGCAACGCAAGUAGGCUGCUUGGCUAUUUCGACUUGAAACCGCCUGUAGGCUUCGAGCUCGAGAUCUCAGGGACGCAUCAGGCCUUGGAGGAUAUCACUCCUGCAGACCCGGUCGAAGUAGAAGAUAUGCCAAGUUCUAUUGAAACUGCCCUCGAUGAACUGCAGGACGCAAGGGAAGAGGAUGAUGUCCUUCGCCACGGCCAUAUCAUUUUGCCGGCUGUGCAACCCGACAACUCCUUUGCGACUGUGCUCGCGCUUCCGGAUUGGACUGCAGACUGGCUAGGCUUAUACACAUGUGUUCUCAUUGACACCAGAGCCCUUGAUGGGCGCCUGUUCGCCUGGAUUGUUCAGACCCACACCACCCGACAGCACUUGUUUGACCAGAUAGGGGUGAAGGAUAGCUCAGGCUUGAGGCGAUGUAGUCUCGCUUGUGCCGUCUGGUGCCCCUUGGCCCCGGGCAGUGUUGGCACUCACAACUCGGAUCUCAAGGAAGGACGUGUUGACCUAAAGACACUCAGUGAACAGUAUGGUGCUGAUGCCCCGGAGGGAUACUGCGUCAAUAUCAAGGAUAGUCAGCUACGACACUCCCAGGACCAGGACUCACCCGAACCAGGAGAGGAAGAAGGCUCUGUGUCGCAACUGAAACUGCUGGCCGAGCCUGCGCCCACAACUACGCCAGCAGAGACAGCUCUGUUUGCUGCCCGCAGAAUCGCACGGGCGUACGGUGAAGCAUGGCCUUUCCUGCCAGCUGGGGCGCUCCCCAGAGUUCCCUUGCCAGGGGAUCCGUAUUAUGUUGGCUUGCAGACAGCGGGAGGCUUGUCAUUACUCGCGGCGGCAUUGCUAACUCCCGAUGCACAGAUAGAACAAGUUGAGGUGUGGCUCCCUCAUCCAGUUGAGGUGAAUGCAGCAUGUGCAGAGAUUCAGCGAUAUCGUGACGCUCUGCGCCUGUUCUUCUUUCCUUCCCUGAUCCCAGUUUGGCCCCAGCCUAGUGAAAAGUGGGCCACUUUCCUUGCCUUGCCUGCAUGGGCAGGAGAAGGCAUUAUCAUUUGUAUUGAUGCUCGGCAAUACGACGGGCGAGUCUUCUCGUGUGCAUGCCCCUUGGUAGCCGACAGGUUCACCAUACUGCAUGCUGCAGGUCUGCUCGGUCAGCCCGUCGAUGUGCAUACACCCUUCCUCGCAGAGCCAGUGGGUGAAGAGGAGGACCUCCAGCUUCAGCUUGGCUUGUGCAUCACGAUCAUGCCGAGGGGCCAGCCACCGCCGCCUCUACUCGACAUAGAAGUCUUGCUGAACUUUCCAUUAUCGUGGCGUCGCGGACCAGCAUUUCCCGUUGUGCCGACAUCAGCCUAUUACUGUGCGGCCACUGAAGGCGGCCAUCGUCUCUUUGCCAUAGGCCCAGCGCGAUCCUGGUUCUACAGGGAGGAUUUAGCUGCCUUGCUGCUUUGCCCUGUGGAGAGGCUCGCACAUGUUGGCCGUGCCGCACUGUCAUUGCGGCAGCUAGCACUGUUGGUCAACCUACCGCACCUUCUCACCUUGUAUUGGUCGACUGCAGACCUCUUCUUCAAGGUGUUUCAGUUGGAGUUGCUCUUCUCGUUAAGCUUCGCGGGUAUUGCCAAAGUGUUGAAAUGUGGAGUGCUCGAAGUCAAUGUUUUUGUACUGGCUCCACAGGCUGCACAGACCUUUUCAAACAUUGGCUGCAACGAGGCUAUGCGGCUCAAUCUCCUGGUGUGCUCCUUCAACGUCCUAACGUUGGGAGCUUCCUUGGAGGAUUCGGACGGAUCCGGCAUAGGUAGCAUCCAGUCGACGCAGAUAGGGGAAGUUGGACAGGAGACUGAGGACUUGCCGGGGCAACACUGGCAUCAGAUCCUCGCAGAAAUGAAGUGCUUCUUGCCCUGCACCUUUGCUGCGUUUCAGCGCGGGGAGACCCACACGUAUGUCCAGAAGCGCAAUAAGAAACAUUGCCGGCCUGACAUGAUAGGAAUUCCAAUUAGUUGGCAUACCAAUGCUGUCCGGGCGUGGGUGGCGGCAGAAAUUCAUGUUGCGCUUGCCACGCAGGAUCACUAUGCUACUUGCGUCACAGUUGACCUAGAGAUGGCUUUGCCAGUUAGCGCAAAAAAGGGUGCACCCAAGAAAGUGACGCCCGAGCUCAUCUGUGACCCACACAAUCAGAGCGCUAUCAAAGAGGUGCCCUGGGCUGUGUCUUCGCAUGCGCAUGCCGCCAUUGUGGUUAAGCAUUUGCAAGAUGGGUUAGGCGCCUUGGCGACUACUGUGCGGUCCAGGCCCCACCAGCCCUACAUCACGGAUAGCACCUGGCAACUUCAACGUGCCGUCACAGGGUGGAAGCGCUCCUUGCGUCGCCUGCAGACACAAAAGCGGCUCCAAACCGUCGCGAUCUGUCUCGCGCUUUGGCGGGGUAUCAAUGCGCCGGACAACCGCUGCGAGCAUCCUUUACUAUGUGGAUGGAUGACCAAGGCGAUUGUGUCAGAAAUUGCGCAUUUUUACCAUCUGAACAUUUUGUGCAAGCUGCGCCAAGCAUGCAGAGACGAUCGGGACAGCUACGUUGGCGAUCUAGCCCGUCAGGCCUCGGAAAAGAGGUCCUGUUUUAUCCUCUUUACAGAUAUAGCCUCCGCGUUCUAUUCCGUGGUGCGGCAACUGGUGGCCUCAGGAGGUCUGUCAUCUGGCUCGGCAUUGAGCCUAGAAGGCCUCCACCUGCCUCCCGAAGACAUAGCUGCCCUCUUGGAACAUGCGGCACAGCCAUCCGCUCUGGCAGAGGCAGGGGCCACUAGUUGGUUGGAGGCAGUCGCCCAUAGGCUGACAGAUGCCACGUGGUUUGUGUUGCAACAAGACCAUACCCCAGUGGUCACGUCGCGAGGGACCCGUCCGGGGUCAUCUUGGGCCGACAUUCUGUUCUCAUUUGUAGUCAAGAAAAUUCUGCACCGCAGGGAUGUGCUCAUGGGUUGCAAUCCUUGCCAGGCAGUCCGGGCAGUCAGCCUUCCAUGCGACGGGUCUGUGUCUUUGUGUCUUCAGGAUACAGACAGCAGUAUCUCGCUCGAUGACCUCAUUUGGGCAGAUGACAUAGCGACGAUGAGAGCCGCUAAUACGGCAGCUGGCCUUCAACCGGCCAUGCAGAAUGUGGCGGGUAACACCUGCGACGCAUUUACAGAACAUGGGUUUCGGCUCUCUUUUGGCCGUAAUAAGACGGCGGCACUGGCGCAGCCAGCUGGCAACGGAGCCAGAGCUGUCCGACGCUCCCUGUUCGGCCACCGAGGCCUACAGGGCACUCUCCAGACCCUUCGGGAGAAUGAUGUACCGGCCCAGAUACCCCUGGUGUCAGUGUAUAAGCACCUUGGUGCCCAGAUCUCGGUUUCUGGCAAGAUGGAAGACGAAAUCGCUUAUCGCAUAGCCCAAGCCAGGGUGGCUUUUGCCGAAGGGCGCCGAAAGGUGUUCAAAGCGCCCGGCAUCGCCAUACAGCGCAAAUCCUUCAUUUUGCGUUCUUUCGUCCUACCAAAGCUGUUGUACGGUUCAGGCUCAUGGCCUCCACUGUCCAGUCGUGAACAGCAGCGCUUCAACGGUGCAUUGUGGGCCUUUUACAGACAGAUCCUGUGCAUUCCGGCAAUGUCGGAUCAACACUUUUCUUAUGCCACAAUUCUGACGCUGGUUGGCUUGCCAGGACCUCGCACUGUUUUGCACGUGCAAAGGCUCUUGUAUUUAGGUCAGCUAAUCAGGCAUGCCCCUAGCGAAUUGUGGGCUCUGCUUAAGUUGGAUCGACCUUAUGCUGCCCUCAUGCAGGAAUCUACGCGAUGGCUGCAUGGUUGGACCCACCGCACCACCCCUUUGCCAAAUCCGGAUUGCCAGUGGACCUGCUGGGUCGAGCUGAUGAACAGUUCACCAGGCAAAUAUAAAGGCUGGGUGCUUCGUGCUCAAGGUUUGGAGUGCAAAAGGUGCCAUGUCGCUGCAGCCUUGGAUGGCUUAUACCGUGUCCUUCGGUCUUAUGCUAUACCAGUGACUGUCGGAGCACAAGGUGACCAUCAGGCAGCUGAGGUUUGCAUUCCAUGCAGGAAAACCUUCCAAUCGAGGGUUGCAUGGUCAUGCCAUGCCCAGAAGGUUCAUGGUUAUAGAACCCAUGCACACCUUCGGCGCAAAACCACUGCUGUCCCUCUCUGCCAAGCAUGUGGUAAGCUGUAUGCUUCCCCAGGCCGGUUGCAGCGUCAUUUGAUGUAUAGUGUUCAGUGUGUUCAGAGGUGGGGCUCUUUCAAGCCUACUGGGAAGGUUUUGCAAAGUGCACAUUUGCAAGCCCCGCCAGAGCAACUUGCCGGUGAACAGCAGGAAUCUUCCUUCAUAGAUUUCCAGCCCGGUAUCUCUGAACCUUUGCUGCAGGCCCUGCUUGAAAUCGAUCCAGCAGAUGAACAUGCGCUUUGGAGUACUGUAAUGGAACAUAUUGAACCUCUCCAGACUCUCCGUGAUACCGUCAGCAUUUGGUCUGAUCGAGUGGCAUCCCCCACUGCCACAGCUACGGCUGAAAACCUGUUGCUGCUUCUGGAUCCGGAGCUUCUAGGAGAGACUCCCGUUCAGCCACGAGAACGGCCCCAGUGUCCUGCUGAUGUUUCAGUUGACUGGCCGACACUGCCAGCCUAUAGCAUUUAUGUUUCGGGGGAUAGACCGUACCUGGACUUGGCUGCCCCGCCACCGGUGUCCCUUCCUCCUCUUGGAAGCACGAGUAUCACUCUGCGCCAAGCCACGGAAUAUGCGUGCUGGUUAGAGCAGGCCUGUGUCUGCAUUGCCAAGUGUCUUGCAGGGGGUAGCGAAGCUGCUCCCUGCAUACAGUGUGUUGGCUUAGAGGCGGGGCUCGGGCCCGCAGCCGGCUGGCUUCGAGCUGGAGGGGCGACCUUCACCGCCAGCGGCUUGAGUUUUCGUAGGAGCUGA